GCAGAUUGGGAGCGGUGCCGAGAAAAAUUUCCUUACUAGAUGACAUUUCAUCGCAAUGUCCGAUCGUUUGGGGCAAAUAACCAAGGGCAAGGAUGGGAAAAGCAAGUAUUCGACUCUCAGCCUGUUUGAUAAGUAUAAAGGAAAAUCAGUAGACGCAAUCAGGUCCUCAGUUAUUCCUAGACAUGGCUUACAGAGUCUUGGGAAAGUUGCCACAGCCCGGCGUAUGCCACCACCUGCAAACCUGCCAAGCUUGAAGUCUGAAAACAAAGGAAACGACCCCAACAUCGUUAUAGUACCCAAGGACGGCACGGGAUGGGCAAACAAGCAGGAUCAGCAAGACCCAAAGAGUUCCAGUGUGACGGCCUCUCAGCCGCCGGAGUCGCUGCCGCAGCCGGGUUUGCAGAAAUCUGUCUCCAAUUUACAGAAACCGACACAGGCAAUCAGUCAGGAGAAUACAAAUUCAGUGCCAGGUGGACCAAAGUCAUGGGCACAGCUGAAUGGAAAGCCAGUAGGACACGAAGGUGGUUUAAGGGGCUCAAGCCGACUAUUAUCCUUCUCUCCCGAGGAAUUUCCGACGCUGAAAGCAGCUGGAGGGCAGGACAAGGCUGGCAAAGAAAAGGGCGUCUUAGAUCUGUCGUAUGGGCCAGGACCAAGCCUCCGCCCCCAGAAUGUGACAAGCUGGAGGGAGGGCGGUGGGCGAAACAUAAUUUCUGCCACGUCUCUGAGCGCCUCCCCAACUGAGCUGGGCAGCAGGAACUCGAGUGCAGGAGACGGAGCCCCCUCCUCGGCAUGUACCAGCGAUUCUAAGGACCCCUCUCUCCGCCCGGCUCAGCCUGUCCGCAAAGGGGCUUCACAGUUCAUGGGAAAUGUAUACCACCCACCUACAUACCAUGACAUGCUUCCUGCUUUUAUGUGUUCGCCACAGUCAUCAGAGAACCAGGGUACAGUGGAACGAGGAUCUUUUCCCCUUCCCCAGCUCCGUCUAGAACCCCGUGUUCCUUUUAGACAGUUCCAGAUGAAUGACCAAGAUGGAAAAGAAAACAGACUGGGAGUGACUCGCCCUAUCCGUCCACUAAGGCAGCUGGUGGAACGGGCGCCACGGCCCACCAUCAUCAAUGCGGAAAACCUGAAGGGCCUUGAUGAUCUGGACACUGAUGCUGAUGAUGGCUGGGCAGGCCUCCAUGAGGAAGUGGACUAUUCUGAGAAAUUGAAGUUCAGUGAUGAUGAAGAGGAGGAAGAAGUUGUGAAGGAUGGCAGGCCAAAGUGGAACACUUGGGACCCUAGGAGACAGCGGCAGCUGUCAAUGAGCUCUGUGGACAGUGCUGAUGCCAGGCGUGGCCAAGAGGAAGGAAAGGACUGGGGCGAAACAGUUGGCAUGACUCGUGUCGUCCGGAAGGUGCCAGAACCUCAGCCACCUUCAAGGAAGCUUCACAGCUGGGCGUCAGGCCCUGACUACCAGAAGUCCUCAAUGGGCAGCAUGUUCCGGCAACAGUCUGUCGAGGACAAAGAGGAUAAGCCACCCGCACGGCAGAAGUUCAUCCAGUCAGAGAUGUCCGAGGCCGUGGAACGAGCCCGGAAGCGCCGGGAAGAGGAGGAGCGCCGAGCCCGGGAAGAGAGGUUGGCUGCCUGUGCCGCCAAGCUCAAACAGCUGGACCAAAAAUGUAAGCAGGCUCAGAAGGCGAGCGAGGCCCAGAAACAGGUGGAGAAGGAAGUCCCCCGAUCGCCAGGCACUGAGAAGGUGCCCGCACAGGAGAACGGCCCUGCUGUCCGCAAAGGCUCCCCUGAGUUCCCUGCCCAGGAAGCCCCCAACACAUUUUCAGAAGAAGCCCCCACAGCUCCUCCCGCUGUGGCUCAGACCGGCAGCAGUGAGGAGGGGGCCAGGGAGGCUGGGUCCCCCGCACAGGAGUUCAGCAAGUACCAGAAGUCGCUUCCUCCCAGAUUCCAGCGCCAACAGCAGCAGCAGCAGCAACAACAGGAGCAGCUGUAUAAGAUGCAGCAUUGGCAGCCGGUGUACCCUCCGCCUUCGCACCCACAACGCACCUUCUACCCUCACCACCCCCAGAUGCUGGGCUUCGAUCCCAGGUGGAUGAUGAUGCCUUCCUACAUGGACCCACGCAUCACGCCCACUCGGACCCCAGUGGAUUUCUACCCCUCAGCCCUGCAUCCCUCGGGACUGAUGAAACCCAUGAUGCCCCAAGAUUCCCUCAGUGGGACUGGCUGUCGCUCUGAGGAUCAGAACUGUGUGCCCCCACUGCAAGAAAGAAAAGUGACUACCAUCGAUCCAGCCCCCAUGUGGAGCCCAGAGGGCUACAUGGCAUUGCAGAGCAAGGGCUACUCGCUCCCCCACCCGAAGUCGAAUGACACUUUGGCCAUGGACCUGCAUGUCAGGAGUGAAAGCUCUUACUCUGCCUCACCCGGAAGGUCAGGGGGCGUAAGUGCCCAGCGCGAUCUCCUUGAGGAGAGAGGGGAGGAGUACUUGAGUGCUUUUGACAAGAAGGCCCAAGCAGACUUUGACAACUGUGUCUCUUCUCAAAGAAUAGGCCAGGAGCUUUUGUUUCCACCCCAAGAAAACGUUCAGGAAGCAGGUGCUCCUGGGGGUCACACCCCAGGCCUCAGGUGUUCCCCACUGGAUCCUGACUUUGCACCAGCAGAGAAAAAGCCAGAGUAUAGCAGUUGGGACAUUAGCCACCAGCCUAAGACCACUGACACAGCCAACGGUGUCGAGAAGGAGGCGCCCCCAGAGGAGCCAUCCUUUAACGUCUCCUCCUGGGAGAAGGAAGGGAGCCCCAACAAACAGCCGUCCCUGGAGCCGGAGUGGACUCCCGAACCCCGGGGCUCCGGCAGCCAGCACCAGGAGCAGGCCAGCAGGACCCGGAGGUCAGGACCCAUCAAGAAACCUGUCCUAAAAGCCCUCAAGGUAGAAGACAAGGAGAAGGAACUAGAGAAGAUUAAGCAGGACCUGGGGGAGGAGAGUGCCCGCCUGGCCAAGGAGAAGGGGCCGAUUCACAAGGCAGAAAAGGACGAGGACGAAGAGAACGACGCCACGCUGGCCAACUCCUCCCCCUCUGCCUUGGAGGACCAGGGCUCUACCAGUGCUAGUUUGGGCCAUGAGGCCAGCAAGUCUGAGGAGGACGAGAAAACUGACAGGGCCUGGGAGACCAGAGCCUCCCGGGAGUCCAGCGAUACCCCCCCCACGAAGAGGAAUAACUGGAUCUUUAUUGACGAGGAACAAGCGUUUGGGGGCAGAGGGCAGGCCCGCAGCCGCGGCCGUGGCUUCAGAGAAUUCACUUUCCGCGGUAGGCCUGCAGGCAGCAACGGCAUCUGUGGAGGGGGGAUCCUUGGGGCGCGGGGCAUCUACAACAACAGCCAGAGAAGCGGCCGAGGCCGGGGCCUGCGAGAGUUCAGUCAGCCCGAAGACUUCCCCAGAGCCAAGCCCCGGCGAAGAAUUGCCAGUGAGACCCACAGUGAGGGCUCCGAGUAUGAAGAGCUUCCCAAGCGGCGUCGGCAGAGAGGCUUGGAGAACGGGAACGAAGGCUCGCUCCUCGAGAGGGAGGAGAGCACCUUGAAGAAAGGUGACUUCAAAGAUUCCUGGCGGUCCAACAAGAUGUACUCGGAGGACCACGGUGGUCUGGAUGCUAAGAACCGAGGCCCUCGGGCCUUCGGGCGAGCCCUCCCUCCCCGGCUGAGCAACUGUGGGUACGGGCGGAGAACCUUCGUGUCCAAAGAGUCAGCCCACUGGCAGAACAAGAGUCCAGGCACCUCCUGGCAGGAGUACAGCUCUCCCGAUGCGUGCGGGCCCCGGCGACCCACAGACAGAGACUAUAUCGCAGAUGCUUACAGACAUUCUGACUCAUUUGGCCCCAGGGGCUUCGAGGACAGCCGCUUGGAGGACAAGAGGUCAUUCUUCCAAGACGACCAUGUGGCAGAUUCUGAAAAUGCAGAGAACCGGCCCUUCAGGAGAAGGCGCCCCCCUCGCCAGGACAAACCCCCUCGCUUCAGGCGCCUCAGGCAGGAGCGUGAAUCCUUGGGUCUCUGGGGACCUGAGGAGGAGCCCCACCUGCUGGCAGGUCAGUGGCUGGGCAGGUCCAAACUCUGUCCUGGGGACAAGAGUGGCGCUGUGGGCCGCAGGUCCCCCGAGCUCUCGUACCAGAACUCCUCCGAUCACGCGAACGAAGAGUGGGAGACAGCCUCCGAGAGCAGCGACUUCAGUGAGAGACGGGAGCGGCGAGAAGGCCACGGGGCUGAGCCCGACUCCCAGGUGGACGGCAGCCUGCCUGGGGCCGGUUUGGGUGAGAAGAAGGAGUUGGCCAAGAGGAGCUUCUCCAGUCAGAGACCCCUGGUUGACAGACAGAGCCGAAAGCUGGAGCCGGGGGGGUUUGGGGAGAAGUCUGUUAGGCCCGGUGGUGGUGAAACUUCUCCCCGUUAUGAAAGCCAACAGAAUGGGACGCCUUUGAAAGCCAAAAGGUCCCCAGAUGAGGCCUUGCCUGGAGGUCUUGGUUGCAGCAGUGGGAGCAGCCACUACACCCUAGAUCGGGCAGCCCAUGCCACCUCUGACAUCCCCGAAGCCUCUUGUGAGAAGGCAGAGAAGGAGGCCAAGCUGGCUGCUCAGAGGGCGGGCGAGCAGGGAGAGACAAUCAAACAGUUUGACCUGAGCUAUGGAAAUGCCAUCAUUGAAAAUUGCGGGUCCAGCCCCGGGGAGGAGAGUGAGGUGGGCUCUAUGGUGGGUGAAGGCUUCAUUGAAGUCCUGACCAAGAAGCAGCGCCGCCUACUGGAGGAAGAGAGGCGAAAGAAGGAGCAAGCCGUGCAGGUGCCUGUCAAAGGUCGAGGUCUUUCCUCCCGGAUUCCUCCUCGGUUUGCUAAAAAGCAAAACAACUUGUGCCUGGAACAAGGCGAUGUGACUGUGCCUGGCAGUAGUUUGGGCACCGAGAUUUGGGAGAGCAGCAGCCAGGCCCUCCCCGUUCAGGCCUCGACCAGCGAUUCCUGGACUAAAGCCGCCACUGUCUUCAACAGCACCGAGUCUGGCUCUGCUGAGCAGGGCUUUAAGAGCAGCCAGGGAGACAGUGGCGUUGACUUGAGCGCCGAGUCUCGAGAGUCGUCUGCAACCUCCUCACAGCGCAGCUCCCCAUAUGGCACUCUAAAACCAGAGGAGAUGAACGGGCCAGGUCUGGAACCCAAGGCCGACGGCCACAAGGAGCAGGCUCAGAAGCAGUCUGAGCAAAAGGAUUCAGAACAAGGCUCAGGACAGAGCAAGGAACACAGACCAGGACCCAUCGGCAAUGAGCGUUCUCUGAAAAACAGAAAGGGCUCGGAGGGGGCCGAGCGGCUGCAAGGGGCUGUCGUCCCGCCUGUCAACGGGGUAGAGAUUCACGUGGAUUCUGUGCUGCCGGUGCCGCCCAUCGAGUUUGGAGUCAAUCCAAAAGACUCUGAUUUCAGCUUGCCGUCUGGUUCUGCCUCUGGUCCUGCAGGGAAUCCGGUUGUCAAACUUCAGGAGGCCUUGGCCAGUAACGCUGGGCUAACGCAGAGUAUUCCCAUCCUGCGGCGCGAUCAUCACAUCCAGAGGGCCAUUGGCCUGUCCCAGAUGUCCUUCCCCACUGCCGACCUCACUCUGAAGAUGGAAUCUGCACGUAAGGCUUGGGAAAACUCGCCCAGUUUGCCAGAGCAGAGCUCUCCAGGAGGCGCUGGCUCAGGCAUCCAGCCCCCGUCCUCUGUGGGAGCCUCCAACGGAGUCAACUACAGCUCCUUCGGUGGGGUUUCCAUGCCACCCAUGCCUGUGGCCUCUGUAGCACCUUCUGCUUCUCUUCCAGGCAACCACCUGCCGCCUCUGUACCUGGAUGGCCAUGUGUUUGCAAGUCAGCCCCGGCUGGUUCCUCAAACGAUACCUCAGCAGCAGAGUUACCAACAGGCUGCCGCGGCCCAGCAGAUCCCCAUUUCCCUUCACACGUCUCUGCAGGCUCAAGCCCAGCUUGGACUGAGGGGCGGGCUCCCUGUCUCCCAGUCCCAGGAGAUCUUCAGCUCCUUACAGCCCUUCAGAUCUCAGGUGUACAUGCACCCCAGCCUGUCACCGCCCAACACCAUGAUCCUCUCUGGAGGCACAGCCUUGAAGCCUCCGUACUCGGCGUUCCCAGGCAUGCAGCCCUUGGAGAUGGUGAAGCCCCAGUCCGGCUCACCCUACCAGCCCAUGAGCGGAAACCAAGCCCUGGUCUACGAGGGCCAGCUCGGCCAGGCUGCCGGUCUGGGUGCCUCCCAGAUGUUGGACUCCCAGCUCCCACAGCUGACGAUGCCGCUGCCUGGCUCCCAGCUGCCCCUGCCUCGGUACGGCUCUGGGCAGCAGCCCCUGCUUCUGCCACAGUCCAUCCAGCUGCCGCAGGGGCAGAGCCUCUCUGUCGGGGCCCCUCGAAGAAUUCUUCCACCUGGGUCCCAGCCUUCGGUCCUUAACACCAGCAGAGAGUCCUCUCAGAUGGAGAUGAAGGGCUUCCACUUUGCCGACAGUAAACAGAAUGUUCCUUCAGGAGGCUCCGUGCCAUCACCACAGACCUACAGGCCUAGCUCUGCUAGCCCCAGUGGGAAGGCCUCUGGAUCAGCAGUUAACAUGGGCUCUGUGCAGGGACACUACGUUCAACAGGCAAAACGAGUGGAUGAAAAACCCAGCCUGGGAGCCGUGAAACUGCAGGAGGCCCCUGCGGCCACCUCCCAGAUGAAGCGGACCGGAGCAAUCAAGCCUCGGGCGGUGAAAGUGGAGGAGAGCAAGGCCUGAAGGUGCUCGGCCACACCUCACCCCUUGUGAGGACAGUGAGGACAGGGCUACCACUUGGCCUCUCCACAGCUGGAUGCUCGGGAGUCUCCCCAGAUCCACCGUCCAACCACAGGCCGGACUGAGAGAUCUCCUUUCUCUCCUCCACUCCUGAAAGCUCCAUUGUCCAGCCAGCCUGCCCCCGUGGAUUUAUGGCAUUGACCUGCUUACUUUAGUACAAACAAAACAAGCCAACGACUCCAUUCCCACCUCCUCUCCAUCCGACCUGGAGUGACUGGGGCCUUUGUGCAGUGCAGAUGCCCCGCCCACUCCGUCCUGCUCCGCACAGCCGGGCGCUUUCUCAGCAGUGCUUCCUUCCCUCGCGGACUUCCGGGCCCUGGGCACAGUGGUUUGGCAGCCGGGUCAUUUUAGUUUGAGGCUUUUUGUUUUAAAAAGCAGCUAAGGUUUUUACAAAGGAGAAAGGAAAAGAAAACAAAAACACAAGCUACGUCUGUAUAGCUGAACUUUUAUACUUUCUUCGCCAUCCUCUCCCUGACCCCCACUUGUGUUCCAGUAAUUUCCUCUAAUCUCUUUGCUGUUUAAUUUGGUACAUCACUGCGAUACCUUAAGAGCUGACUCUUAAGAAUGCAUCUCCUCCUGCUCUCUUUCAUUGGUUAACCUUUGAGGGUACUUGCA